GUCCUUACCGAGUGACCAUCCGCGGGUAUUUGGCAGCUUUUUGUUCGAUCUUUUGCUCCGCGUUAGUGACUGUGCCUACGAUGACGCAGACAGGGGGCGCAGGCAACGCAAUUCGGCGCCUCCCGGGCGGGACCCGCGGAGAAUCCCUCUGGCGCAUGACUUUCGUCCGCCGCUCGGUCCGGAGGAUCUUCCCCUUCCGGCUGGGAGCGACUACUUGGAGGUGGAUGAAAAUAAGGACUUUUUCGAAAUCGGCCCCACCCUGAGGCCGCUGGAAAGUACUACAGACUGGUAUACGAAUGCGGCACACAGCUGUCGCCUGGCUUCCGUUCCCCCGCUGCUCGACAAGGGGUCGCCCUACACUGAGAUUAUUGCGCAUCUCGCCUCGUACACCACACUGGACGCCGUGUGGAAACCGCUCGGUCCGGAGCGGUUCCGCAUCGAAGCCGAGAGACUGCGAGCGUCUGUGGCGAGGAACACAACUCUAGCGGACGGCCACCAAAUGCCCGGCGCAGGAGCCUCGUAUCCUGACGAUGUACGACCGGUCACUUUCCACGGCGUUCCGCCGUCCCACUUGCACGAGGACGGAACUUUUCUCUACCAAAGAUCUCGGAACGUUUCAGCUCACGGGCGCCUCUGGUUUCGGGGGC